GAAAAUAAUAAGACUCCAAUCUAGCACAUCGUUGCUAAAGUAGUACUCGAUCGAGGAUUCCUUUUUCCUUCCUAAAACUACUCUACACGGAAAUCGACGGUACAGUCGUCCACACCAAUCUCGACUAUUUAAUAUCUUCCACAUGUUGCCAACCCUAACCCAAUAUCUCUCUCUCUCUCUCUCUCUCUCUCUCUCUCUCUCUCUCUGGUGUUGGGAUUUAGAUCGAUGGGUGGAGGGAUCGUAGAGGAGAGCUUCUGCUACGAAGAGGAAACGCACCUGACCGUACUGAAAACCUCCCACUUCUUCGAAGGAGAUGGAUUCACCGUCUACGACUCCAACGGUCAGAUCGUCUUCCGAGUCGACAGCUACGGCCCCGAAGCCGGUAACGGUGACGAACUCGUCCUCAUGAACGCCACUGGAAAGUGCCUCCUCACCGUCCAUCGCAAGAGGGCGAGCCUUCACCAUCGGUGGGAAGGAUUUCUAGGGGAGAGAAUGAACGGUCAGAAACACAUCUUCAGCGUUCACCGUUCUUCCAUGAUCGGUCGAACGAGCGUCACGGCAGAAGUGUACGGAAGCCCCGUGGUGGAGUACCAAAUCGAGGGCUCCUAUUCCCACCGAUGCUGCACUUUUUAUUCCAUAUCCGCAUCCAACGGCUCUCGAGUGGCCGUUGCUGAGAUCAAGAGAAAAGUGACUGCUUCGGCGCAUGUAAUGCUUGGGAAGGACGUCUUCUGGCUCUACCUCAAGCCUGGGUUUGAUGGGGCCUUUGCAAUGGCACUAGUCAUUGUCCUUGAUCAGAUCAACGGUGAUGAUGACUACGAUGGUAGUGAGAUCGUGGAUGAUGAUGGGGAUGUGAUCGAAUCAACGGUCGACGAUAGUUCGUCUCCAUCAACUCAUUCGUGAAAAUUGUAUCUUCUUUACUUUUAUAAAUUCGAAUAAAGUUCCGCUUGCUCUGUGCAGCUUUUUUUCA